ACUAGAACGCACUUCCUGCGCGCGGCUUGCGCCUUUGCGUUCUCACGCACAUAAAUAUUGACUACAAUGCACAUAUAUCACUCUAUAUAUCUCCUUAAGAAUAUCAUAAAUAUUGUCAUCCUAACAAAGAAUGUGGCCUUUUCUGCUUGUGCUGGUUUUGGUUUCCUCUCCUGGACAAGCAAAUUGGGAGGAUAAUUCCAUGGCUAAGCGGCGAGCGGAGAAGAUGAUCAGACAACUCAACUUGUUCCCCUUGCAUGAUCUCAACAGGGGUUCCGGCCACUCUCCGGCAGAAGCAGAUUCGCCGAGAUUGGUGGAGAAGAAGUUGAAGUUGAAGCUUCUUGGUGAUUCAGGGGCUACUGUUGAAGAUUUGGGCCAUCAUGCUGGUUACUACAGGCUCCCAGACACUGUAGAUGCAAGGUGGGAAUGCAAACAAAACACAUGAGCAUAUUGCUGGUUUUAUGAUUUUUGGUUAGUCAGCGAUUAGCUAACACAACUUUUAAAAUACAGAGAAUUUAAACAAAAUAUAGGUAUUGUAUUGUUGAAUAUUGCUUGUCUUUUUUGGUAUAUGUGCACUAUUUAUACAUAUUUUGGACUAAGAGCCCUACAAGGAAUAAAAUGGUAAAUUUUACUAU